GUGUUGAAACCCCCUGGUGGCGGAAGCAGCGACAUUUUCGGCGCGGGUCCCGACGAGACUAGCCCUCGCCGCGUGAAGAACCACAACCAGUCGCAGCUGGGCUCGGCGUUGUUCGGCGACACACCGAACAACAGCAACAGCAACGAAACGCCGCGCAACAAGCCCGGUAAUGAUUCAUACAAUCGCCUGUUUGGCCCUCCCGAUGCCCCACCCACCACCCCAAACGCGAAAAAUUACAUGCGCAGCAAUAUCUCCCUCAGCGGGGAGUCGACGUCCUCAUCGGUGUCAUCGGGCGCCGCAACGUCGCCCGCGAAGAGCACCGGAAGUACGGACUCGAUCGCGGGCGUUCUCAACGGAUACGCGGCCAGCAAUGGCAACAAUAUGACCAACGAUGUCACAGGUAAGGGUGUUGUAAAUUCUCCUUCCGCGAAAGAAAAAAAAAAAAAAAAAAAAAAAAAAGAGAGAGAAAAGAAAGAGAUACAGAAAAAAAGAAAGAAAAGAAUAAAAAAGAAAAAGAAACGCAUCCACGACCCACCCCGCCCUCCUCCUGACGACACCCACACCCCGCAGUUGUACUUGUUGAAGGGAAGGAAAAAAGAAAGUAAUGGAAAAGAAAACGAGGAUUUCGUCAGGUGAACUGGUGUACGGUGCGAGCGCGAGGGAACGCGGCUACGAGUUUUUUCUGGUGUUCCGUGCUGGACAUUAGUGCAUUGCAAUUUUUUUUUUUUUCUUUUUUGGAAAUUCGCUUCCAAAGUUAGUGGUUUUUGUUUGAAAUGAAUUGACUGAUUGCUCGUUUGUACGCUUAUGUUUGUACCGAACUUGUCGCGGUAAGUGAUUUGCAAAAUGAAGGUCUUAUCAGUAGAACUGCAGAUAGGAAGUUGUAAUAAAAGACAGUCAAGUGAACUAUCGAUCGGUAUGAUUUGGUUUCACGAGUAAUUUCUAUCAUUGGAAAUUAAAUUUUAGCCACGUGAAUACGAAUUUCUACAACGUGGAGAGUAAAGACAGAGUAAUGGGCAAAUGACUCGAAUUCUACUUUCAACUUAUGUAUAAAAUAGUAAACAAACGAUCGACAAAAUUGCAAAUCAAACGCAAUAAAGCGAAAUUAACGGAUCGAAAAUGUAUCACUGUCCGUGAAGAUAGCAAUUUUCCAUUCUGAUAGUUCUAGUGCUAAGUAUAAUAUUAUAGCAGUGCAGUGUUAACUAGCCAGUAAUAAAAUAAAAUGGUAUAAAAGGUUGUAAAUAUUUCCGUUUCAAUAGUAUUCAACAAACUCAAGAUUUUUUUUUAGAAAUUUUAGUCCAGGCCAGUUAACAAAACACUACUAUUCG